AUGAAGACAACUAAACACUUGAAAAGCAGGUCACUAGCUAUCAAUAUGCUGAAGAGAGGUGCUAUCACCGUAUCCAUGUUUUCAAAUUCCACAGUGUUAGUAGGGUGUUGCAGGGGACGUAGGCGGCUAAGGAGGAGGAGACUUAGCACGAUAAGGCUAGGGAAUAAGCGGCGCGGGUUCUGCUUAGGGUCGCGGCCAGUGAUCCAAUGGGGUGUCGUGGCUCCGUUUCAAAUGCUGAAGAAGAUCAUCAUGGAUGUGGCACCUAAUGGCCGCCUUUGUAGAAUUGACUUGAAUGAAUGA